CGGGGCACGUGUACUGAUACACAGACACUAUCAAAAUAUGUCUCCAAGGUCAAUAAAGUUAUAUUAGAUACAUAUAAAGAAUAAGCAGCUCAUUCGUACUUCAAACUCAAAUACAUGAGUGUGAAGCUCCUAAACACUUUCUCUAAGUACCAAAGAAAAAUAAAAUGACGUUUAAUAUAUUUAUUUUCACUGUACUGAGCAGUAUUUUAUUAAGUGACGCAGCGUUUAUUUUGUCAAAUAUUCAUAAAGAAUCUAAACCGGCUUCCAAAAAAUGGAUUCUUAACAUAGUGCACACAAAUGAUAUGCAUUCGAGGUUUGAAGAAACAAAUGCUAUGUCUGCAACAUGUACGGAAAAUGAUAAGAAUUUAGGCCAAUGUUAUGGAGGAUUUCCAAGAAUUGCUACUCUCGUAAGAGAAGCUAGAAAAUCACCAACUCCAGCAUUAUUUCUCAACGCUGGUGAUACAUAUCAAGGAUCAGCAUGGUUCAUUAAAUAUCAAUGGGAAGUGGUUGCUAAAUUUUUGAACAUUUUGAAGCCAGAUGCAGCUACGUUGGGAAACCAUGAGUUUGACUUGGGUCCUAAAGGUCUAGUCCCUUUUUUAAACAAUGCUGCAUUCCCUAUAGUAGCUUGUAAUUUAGAUUUUUCUAAAGAACCUGAGUUAGCAGCAACUAAUGUCACUAAAAGUAUAGUUCUUAAUGUAGAAGGGAGAAAAAUUGCUAUAAUCGGAUAUUUAACACCUGAUACUAAAGCUAUCUCACAUCCUGCGAACGUAAUUUUUCAUGAUGAAAUUGAAUCACUCAAAAAAGAAAUAAAAAAGCUGAAAAACGAGCAAAAAGUGGAUAUUUUUAUUGGUCUAGGACAUUCUGGUUAUGAAGUAGAUAAAAAAAUUGCAAAAGAAGUAGAAGAUUUAGAUCUAAUCAUUGGAGGCCAUUCACAUAGUUUUCUCUAUACUGGAAAGAUACCGAGCUCAGAAGUACCAGCUGGUUUAUAUCCAACUGAGAUUGUGCAAAAAAGUGGAAGACGAGUUUACGUAGUUCAGGCUUAUGCAUUCACUAAAUACCUAGGCAAUAUUUUUGUGUCUUUUGAUGAGUAUGGUGAAAUAGAUCAUAUUGAAGGUCGUCCAAUAUUAGUAGAUAAAUCCAUAAAAGAAGCUACUGAUGUUUUGGAUGAACUUAAUAAAAUGAAGCCAGCAUUAAAAGAAUUAACUCAAAGAACUGUAGCAUACACCAAAGUGGUUUUAAAUGGAUCUAGAGCUUUAUGCAGAAAUAGAGAAUGUAGUAUGGGAAAUUUGAUUACUGAUGCUAUGAUUGAUUACUAUCAAACAGAGUAUGCAGGAGAUGAUGGAUGGACUGAUACAGCUAUAGCCAUUCACAAUAGUGGAUCAGUAAGAGGUUCAAUCAUAAAAGGACCAAAUCAACCUAUAACAUACGAUGACGUGCUGACAGUACUUCCGUUUGGCAAUGUUAUGGGUAAAACAAUAUUGACAGGAAGACAAAUAUUCAAAAUGUUAGAACACAGUGUAGCUGAAUUUGGACCAGGUCGAACAGACUUUUCAGGGCAAUUUUUACAUUUUUCGGGACUUCAAGUUGCAUAUGACAUAACACAACCAGUAGGGUCAAGAGUUCUUCCUAAUAGUGUCUAUGUAAGAUGUGCCAAAUGCAAAGAACCAGAAUAUGAACGAUUACAAUGGAAUAAAAAAUAUUCAGUAGCCAUGCAUAAUUUCCUUUAUGAAGGUGGAAAUGGCUAUAAUAUGUUUAAAACCCCUUUUUCUACAUGGGCAUCUUCAGGUCUUCCAAUGGAUCAAGUAUUAGCUCUUUACCUUGAAAAAAUUAAAUAUUUAAUUCAUAUGGGAACUGAGAGAAGAAUUAAAUUUGCCAAUAGAUCAGAUUGUGAUGCAAGAAGAAAAAGAAGUAACAAAAUUUUCAAAACACAACGACAACACCGGCCGACAAAAACUUCAUCAGGAACAAGAAGAGUUCAUCAUUGAUUCAACUAAUAAUUUAAUCACAUCAACAAGUACAUUAAAAAUUUCAAGUUGUAAAUUAAACAUUGAUUCUUAAAAUCAUCUGCCAAAUAAACAAAUCAAAUUUUGUAUGUAUUGUAAUUUUUUAUUACUGUAUUUAUAAAAGUUCAAUUUAUUUUAGUUUAUAAACAUAUUACUGUUACAAAAAGUAUGUAAUCAAUAAUAAUAUUUUACAAACAAUAAAUA